AUGGCCUUGACCACUCAACAGAUUGCAGGCCUCCAGGUCUGCACACAGCUGUUUCCUUCAUCCUCCAAAGCCUACGAAGACUGUCCGGACAGCAAUCUUGUCGGACGUCACUUUGGGCAUGUGCCGUUUAUUGCGCUUCCCAUCAACACGCUCUGGCAAAAUGGUAUCACGUUAAAUGUUCGUUUCAUGGGUACGGAUGGCAGCACAUUCGUCAGAGAAAAGGUCAAGCAGUAUGCAAACACCUGGAUGCGCUUCGCCAAUAUUAGACUCCGCUUCGUGAACGAAGGCCCCGCUCAAAUUCGUAUUAGCUUUAAACAGGGCAGCGGGUCCUGGUCCUGGGUGGGAACAGGCAAUCUUAGAGUACCUGAUAACCAAGCUACCAUGAACUUUGGCUGGUUUGACAACAACACUCAGGACUACGAGUUUUCGCGGACUGUGAUCCACGAGUUCGGCCAUGCCCUCGGCUGUAUCCACGAACACCAAAGUCCAGCCGCUAACAUCCCUUGGGAUGUUGAGCGUGUAUACCAGUAUUAUUAUAAAACCCAAGGAUGGUCACGAGAACAGGUCGAUGUGAAUAUCUUUCGACGGUACAGUGCGUCAACCACGCGUUACUCGGAGUUUGAUACUUUGUCUAUAAUGCUUUACGCAAUUCCCGCUGAGCUCACCACGAAUGGUUUCUCCACCGACUAG